AUUACAGCACUAAAGCGCAUUAUGCGGCAUAAUGCUAACGUUGAAUGUUCCAACUACAGCAACGCUUCGCACAAUCGAGCACAAAUAAAAGUAAUGCGCGUGAAUUGAUGCGUGCAAUCGAUGCCAACUGUGACAGAAAAUUAACAAGUGUUUUCCCCUUUAGGUUGGCAUUGAUCGAAAUGUUUUGUUCAUUAUUAACGUUAGUAAAUAUUAUUUAAUUGUUGGAAAAAAAUUUUAAGUAUGGAUGAAGGAAUAUACUUUUGUAAACAUUGCAAUGGCUUGAUCGAAUCAUUUAAUGAAGCAGGCAAUCAUCAAUGUUUUCGUGGAAAAGAAUAUAUUUAUCAAGAUGGAGAAGACAACUCAAUCUUAUUUGUUCAUAAUUACGAUAAUGAAAAUAAAGAAAACCAUGAAAAGCAAGUGUUUAACAACGAAGAGUCUGAAGUUAAUAAUUCUUUAUUAUCAGAUGACACUGCAUAUAUUGAAAUUAGUGAUGAAGACUUAAGUCAGUCUGCAGAUUUUAAAACAGAGAGUAAUCCUAAGAAAAAUGCUGUGUGGACAAAGCAAGCCACGAUGGCGAUGCUUAGCUUAUACGAAGCAAAUAUACAGAUGCUUAUGGAUAUCGGCAAGAAAUCAAGGGUGUGGAAGAAAAUAUCAGAAGGCUUAAAAGAUUUAUGUAUACAGGUAACGGCAGAUCAGGUUAAAUGGAAAUUUAAUCGCUUAAAUAACAAAUAUAAGGAGUGUAUCGACAACAACAAUAUGAGUGGAAGAGCUCAUAUGACAUUUGAAUAUUAUGAGCAAUUCCAAGAAAUUUUCCAUAAAGAGAAUAACGUUGCUACUUCAAGUACAUUUUCUUCUUCGAUACUUACUACAGAUGAAAAAAAAAGAAAGCAUGAUAUAACCGGAUCAAAGAACAUUAGUAAGAGUAAAAAAUUAAAAGUAGAUGCUACAUCCAACAAAAAGAAUCUACCACCAGUUGAUGAGUCUCCAAAACUCAAAACAACUCCGGUUGCAGACGUUAAAAAAACUGCAAGAAACCAUCAACACAUUCAAAGUAUGGAAAUUUUAGAAAAAAUUCAAGAAAACCAGAAGGCUAGAGAUGAAAAAAUGACUAAAUAUUUAAAAAUAAAAGAGAAAGAAAUGGAUUUAAAGAAAAAAGCAAUCGAUGUUCGUGAAACUGAAAUGCAAGUUAAAAGAGAUGUUGCGAGUGAUAAACUAAAGUUUAAUGAAAAGAAGCACAAAGACUGGUUAAAUAUAGAAAAAUUGAAAUGUGAUCUUCUAAAAAAAUUAUUAAAAAAUCGUACUGACAGCGAAGAGUCUGAUUAAACUACCAAAAGUUAAUGUUUAAGAGUUUAUUGUACCUAAGAAGUUUAUUUUAACAUGUCAAAACAAAUGCUUUUUAUUAAGAUCUAUGAUUAAGAUUUUGUUGUGCUUAAAAGUUUAUAAUAACAUGCAAAAACAAAUAAAACAACAUAUUUUAA